CAGUAACAGUACAAAGAAUAAAAGCGGAUAAAAGAAAUGAAAGUGAAAAUGAAAACUGAAAUCAGUGAUAAAGCACAUCGAGUAAAAGGGUGUGUGCAGUAUAAAUACUUCAUAAAUACUUCAGUCUACUGAGACACACUGCUGUUCUACAGCACAACAGAUCAGGUGAAUCUGUGAGUGAUGAUGAGAUAAAAAUGGAUUCCUCCGAGGAAACAGACACUUCACCUGAACAGCGUGUUAAACAUAAUGAUUCUGAAUUGAGAACAGAGGCUGUGCGGAACGCUGACACACUUUGCACUUCACAGGGUCCAGCAGGGCAGCAGCAACCAGAAACCCCUAACAAGGGAACAGAGGUGAGAGCCGAGGCUACAUCAGAGUCAAGAGGAGAAACAUCACAUGACAGACAGGAACACACAACACUGACAGGUGAAUUAAAAGACAAUCCAUUUGCAGAUGAUGUUCAACAGGACCGCCAUCAGUCUUCUCAAAUAAGAGAUGAAUUUGUGAUUUUGUCUGCACCUUCAGCUGAAGGGAUCAUCUAUCCAAUAAACAAGCCACAAAGUGAGAUUGAAUAUGACAAAACAAACACCAUUCAUGUGAAACUGUAUGCUGCACUUCAGAAAGGAAUUGGAUCCGGAAGUGAGAAGCUGCAGCUUGUUUGCUCAAAUGGAAAGAAAUUACAGCUGAAUCCAAUAAGGGCUGAUGGAGCUGGUCAGAUGUUCACACUUGACUUUCUUCUCCACAAGAAUGAUGCCAGUAUGUUUCGUUACAAAUAUUGUCUCACUGAUACACAAGACAAAUUUGAAAAACUUGAAUAUGGAUCACAGACGUAUAAAUACAGGACAUUGUACAGAGACAUCUUGGAGGAGGAUAAAGUCUUCUACCAGUUUGAUGAUGUGUGUAUGAAACCUGAAUCAUGGUUUAAAUUCAUGAAGUCUACGAAUUUUGACGAUAUACGAUUGGAAUUCAUUCAGUCGACAUUCACACAGCUAAUGACUUGCACAAUCGUGGACUUAACGGACAUGCAGACUAAACUUGCAUUUUUUCAUGGCUGUCUACAUACGAGACGUGUUUGUGAAGCUAAAAGAGUGAAAGUGAUAUUUCCACAGGAUCAUGUAAAAGAAGAUCUGAAAAAAGCAUUUGAGUGUGCAAUUAAGGAGAUAAAAGAUACAACUCCAGUGGAGUUUGUUCUUGCUGCAGCAAUUCUUGCACAGUAUUCUAACAUAAAUCCUGGUGAAGGUACUUUAAAAAAGCUGUCUAAUAUUAUUGAGAAAAAUGGCUUACUGCAUGUCACUCUGGCAAAUCUCGAGGAAUCUGUGAGAAGGGAACUUUCUGAAGCUGUGCAUAACAUGUUCAACCUGGUCUUCAACAAAUCACCAAAUGCAGCUCUGUGGUUUAUGGCCCUGUUUUAUGUAGUAGCUCCAGACACUGGUCAGCAGUUAGCACACAGAGGGCACCGCCAUCAUCAAAUAUCACCCAGGACCCUUUCUGAAAUGAUCAAGAUCCACUAUUUGGUGAUAAACAGACAGAAGGAAUUUAAAGCUGCUGUAUUAGAUAUGGCUAAUCUAGAAAACCUCGAUGCCUUGUUGAAACUCAGCCUUACUCCAGAGGAGCUCCUGUUACAGCUGAUAAAAUGGCAGACCUGCAACGAAUUUAGUAAACUGCAUUAUGCCGUGGAAAGGUUUGCUUUGAAGAUCAAGGCCCAGCUAAAAGAAAGCAGCCAAGAUGAAUCUUCAGGAAUACGGAAGACAGAUGUACAAUCGUGCCUGUACAAUGCACUGAUUUUCCUUGCAAAGUCUUCCAAAGACACAAACUGGAAAGAACCUUUGGCCAAUGUUCUGUCAGCACUGCGGCUUCUGAAUGCAUUCACUGAUUAUGUUAAACAUCAUUCAGUUGAUAUGACUGUUUACGCUUCCAGAUUUUCUCAGCUAAUGCAGGAAAUGUGUGACUGCAUCUCAUCCCAGAAAAACAAGAUGAAAUUAGGAGAUUGGAGUGCUGUGUUUAAUAUUCAAUUGCCAAAUAUUUGGCAAAAAGCCUGGGAGGAAAAGCUAAAGGCACUUUUCACAAGAUAUCUGGAAAAGAAAGAGUUAAAAGACCAAGUGAAAUACUUCCUUGAAUAUUCUGGUGGUUGUCCAGCAAUGGAGAAAUGCGUGUUGGUUUGUGCCCAAAAUGCAAUUAACAGAUUGGUGUCCAAGAGCAACCAGAAGGGACAACGGUCUAGUUUGGUGGAUCUCUUAACGUCAAAGUCUCCUAAAUGUGGAACCCUAAUGUCCUUCAUUAUCGAAAGCAAACUGCAAGGUCUAGCCUGGAACCAUGAGGACUACCUUUAUCUUCUCUAUAAUGAAGAGCUGAGAGAUGUUCUUUCAAAAAUGCAGCAACUGCAGAUGGACAAAAUCUGCAUUGGACAAAAUCAAACUAAACUCCUACAAAAAGCUCACAUGCUAAUAGAGCAACUGAUUAAAGAAAUGAUGAACAAGACAAUACCAUGCAAAUUAUUAAAAACAAUGAUUGAAAAGAAAAAAGAACUCAAUCAUUACCUACUAGGAGAAAAAGUGGAGGCAUUUCGGAGGACAAUAAAGAAAGCAGAAGAGGAUUUCAAAAAAAUUGAAAAGCUGAAAAGCAAAAUAAAGGUGCUCAAUGACCUUAACCAGGGCAUGCCAGUUGACGUAAAACAUCUUGAGGCAACUUUGUCAAUCAGCCUGGACAAGGAGGAACGUCCACUGAAAACUAUCAUGGACAUGUUCAGUGAAGAAACUGGAAGUGACACACAUUCUUUUAAUAUUCAGGCAUUUGAAAAGAUUGAUGUUUUGUAUAAAAGCACAUACUUUAAAAAACUGUGGCGAGAAACAACAAAAGAAGUGAAGAAGACGGAGUAUAAAGAGUCUGAAGUAAUUCCACUGGAUCAAGUCUGUGAUCAAAUUUACAAACCAGCAUUUGAAGAAUAUCAAAACUCAUUCAAGGCCUUGAAGGAUCUCUCGAUGAGUCUGCAGGACCUGGACAGUAAACUGGGCAAAUCUUUAAGUAGCAUGUCAGGAGAACUGAAUACAAUGGCAGAUGUGUUCAGUGAAGAUAAACGUGAAUGGAUUCAGAAGACCACUGAGCACAUUGAACGUUACAGAGAUGUUCAGUCUGCAAAAGGAAACGCAGAAGUGGUUAUUGAACUAAAAAAUAACCUUGGUCUAUGUGGAGACUUUGGUGGUAUUGAGAACCUCAGGCAUAUGGACUUCGACUGCUUGCAUGAUCUCACAGAAGCUGUGUCCAAGCUUGGAAAGCAAUUGAGAAACAUUUCAAAAGAAUCACUUAUCUUUCUGAGAGAAUUAAAUAAAUGCAUCACAGGAGGAUUCAUCUCAUGGAUUAAAGAAGUCAUAAAAGACGCUGGAGAGCUAACUGCCUUUGUGGAGCUGGCGUCUAUCUCUGCUGGAGAAAAUACCAUGGACAUCGACAAAGUGUGCUAUUUCAGGGAUUCCAUAUCUGCUGCUCUACCACUAAUAUAUCAGCUCUCUGAAGAAUCUGGAAUUAAAGAGCUCCUGAAAGCCAUCAGCAAGCUUGGACUUGCUAUAGAAAGUGACACAAAACUGACAAAUAAACUCAAAGACUCCUGUGAGAAUAUGGAGUGGCUCAGAAUUGCCUAUGAGACUCAUGGUUCUGUUGAGAGGUCGUCUUUGCACCAGGCCACAGAUAUUAAUAGAAAUGGGCUUUACAUCAUCAAAAGUCCACCUAAAGCUCAAACACGGUUCACCCUGGAAAGUUGCAUUACAUUAAGAUGUGAGGAAAUCUCCAUUGAUGGACAAGCUGCAGAAUACAGAACAUACAGCCUCACUGAGCUUCAAGAACUGCUGAACAAACUGAUGCUGAUUACGGUCACUGUUAAAAACCGAGAGGAUGAAAUCACAACCUACAUUGAGGUUUUGGAGCAGAUAAUAAAUGUGGGAAAAUGCUUUCUUGAGCUCCAUGAUGCUGGACAUAUAUUGUUUCAAGACUGGGAGAUGAUAGCCUACUGCAAACAAACACAUCCUGUUAAAAUCUGGGUGAAAUUUGGUGUUACAAAUGUAGAAAUCAAAGGUCACAGACCCAUGCUUGUUGAGCUGAAAGGACUGGGUGAAAGCAUGAGAGGUUGUCUUUUUGAAUGGUUAAAGUACACAGAGCAGAAAAGAAACACAUUCUACUACUUAAAUUACUUUACAGCAAAACAGCUGGUCUAUCUGUGUUGCUCCGUGGCUACAUUUCAGAAUGAGCAGAAGAACGUUAGCACUGGUCUUCUUAACACGUUAUCCAUCAUAAAGGACAACAUUGAAGAAAGUGAUCUGCAAGAUGCACUGACCAAAGCACUCAAAACCCCAGUUGAAAGCGGUGGAUCACAAGGAUCAAUUGAGCUCAACAAGUUCCUCAGUGAAUAUCCAGAGACAAUCGAAUAUUUUCUUCAAACAGGAAUUCCAGAGGAAGAGAUCAAAGCAGCUAUAAUCUAUUGUGAAGAGGUGAAAGUGGCAGAAGGUUAUAAUGACUCAAAUACUAUAGAGGACUACCAAGAAAUUGUGAUGCAAUGCAUUGAUGAUCAUCAAUCUGAUGAAGAAUGGGUCCAGGAAUGGUGUCAGAAAUAUGAGAUGAGACGGGAUAGUGUCCUUAAAAAUCAAAUGAAAUUUAAAGGUGGACCUCUGACAGAAGAAGUGUCUUUUUCGAUGACGGAGGAGCAGAUUUCAGCAGCAUUUGACAACUUGGAAAAUUCUGACGAGAAGAUUGUAAUGCUUUGGAAAACAUAUCACAACAAACUGUCAGGCCUUGUGUCAGAUAAGUUUGUUGACUUAGAUGUUCUUGGAGAAACCAUGAACCAUCUUUCCAAAUCUGCAGAAGUGACCAUAAAACGAAACCUGCCAUUCUAUUUGCAUGCGGGAAAGCCUAACCUGAUUUCCUGUAAAGAUGCUGAAAUGCUUCCACUUUGCUUAUCCCUGUACAGUGAUGCAGAUCAACCGUUGCCAUCCUAUGAUGAAAUUCUGGUCUGUACCUCUGAAACGACUGCAGAAGAGGUGGAACUGCUCAUCAGGAGAGCUGUACAGCCUGGUGGCAGACAUGAAAAGCUCUACUGCUUACUGAAUGCAGACAAGCUGAACCAUGACGUGUCCCGAAAAUUAGAAUCCAUUUUCUACAAAACAACUCAAGAGACACACGUCCAAGGAGGAAUGUGUAAUAGUGACUACCGUUUAAUUAUCUUCUGUGACAUGAAGGCUCAUCACAGUUAUGUUGCCACUGCUUUUGACAUGUUUAAAAGGAUAGUCUCUGAGAAUCCAAAUCGAAAAGAGGAAAUCAAACAAGACCUCCUACACAAGCACCAAACAUCAUCAGGAGCUGAAAAUGGAUUUGCAAAACUCAACCAAUAUGAUCAAUUUCAGCUGAAAUCACAACUCGUUUUCUCAGAACAAGCUGGCAUGGGAAAAUCCCUGUAUGUGAAAAAUCUUGUGAAAUUGUCUGAAGAAAACCUCAAAAGUGCAGGAUUUACUCAUACAACAAUACGAAUACACCAGUCACAGCUGAGGACUGAAGACAUUGUCUCUCGGCUGCAGAACUAUGAGGACAAACCUAUGGACAAAGUCCCGAGAAUCUUUCACUUUGACAUUCCUCCUGUGGUCACAAAAGGACUCUACACAUUCCUGCUGCAGCUGUUUGUGCUGAGAUGUUUCCAGAGUCCUGAUGGUAUCAUUUGGAGGUGCAAUGACUCCCACAUUUACUUGGUGGAAUACACCAAAAAAAAGCCCUUGAGAUUUGACCAGCAAAGCUCUGAGAUAUCUGCUCAUGUAGAAGAGGCAUUUCUGGAAAUGUUGCCAACGGUUAAGUGUUUUUCACCUGAGGAAACCCUGAGACACCUAGAACAGAACAAGCCGUACCAUAAAGACUGCCAGCUAAUGGAUAAAACCGAGUUUCGUAGUGAAGCGUUUCAGCGUACUUACCAGUACUUUAAAAUCUACAGAUCAAAACAAAACCAACUUGAAGGUUUCUCUUUCAUUCCUGGAUCUGUUGAAGAUUCACCAAAGGAAUGGUUGGAGUGUCUUUUCCAUUUCUGUGACAUUAAAAACCCAUCUUGGGGAGAAUUGAGGAACUUCACCCACUUUCUCAACAGCCAGUUGAACAAAUGCGAAAAGUCUAUUUUCUGCAGCUCUGCUUUAAAAGAGGAUCUGACGGGAUUUAAAACAUUUGUAGUGAAAUUUAUGAUGACAAUGUCCAAGGAUUUUUCCAUGAGAUCCCUAAAGACGUCAGAUGAUAGCGAUGAGAAAGUGGAAGAGGCAGGAUCGGAAGACGUGGCGCUCAAAGAAUUUCAGCUCCGAAGGCGAUGGGAACAACAGGCACAUCCUUACAUCUUAUUCAAUGCAGACAAUGAGUCCAUGACCUUUUUAGGAUUUCACAUUCACAAUUUAAAUGCAGUUGACGCUCGGACUAAUUUGAUAGUGGAGGAGAAAGUUAUUGAUCGGACACUUUUUAACCAAUUAAAGGCUCAGAAAGUGCCGUUCAACAUUAACUUUGAGCAAAUGUCCCGUGUUGAGCAGCUGGAUAUUCUAGGCAGAGUGCUGGGAGUGAAAAUCGUGGAGGAUCCUGAUGACACAUAUCAGUUGACAUUGGAUAAUGUGAUGAAAAUCCUUGCGAUUCACCUUCGAUUUGAAUCGGACAUUCCUGUGGUAAUAAUGGGAGAAACAGGAUGUGGAAAAACCCGGCUGGUCCAGUUCAUGUGUGACCUGCUAAGAUCAGGGAAGCAAAGACGUAACCUGAUUGUGGUGCGAGUGCAUGGAGGUACAACAUCAGAGGUCAUUUACAAGAAAGUGAGAGAGGCAAUCGGGGUUUCAAAAGAAAAUGAAGUGCAUAAGCUGGAUACAGUGCUGUUUUUUGAUGAAGCUAAUACAACAGAGGCUGUUAAUGCAAUCAAGGAGGUGAUGUGUGACAAGUCUGUCAAUGGAGAACAAAUCAAUGCCCCCCACCUGAAGAUCAUUGCAGCAUGUAAUCCCUACAGGAAGCACUCAAAGGAGGCAAUAGAGCAACUGGAAAGAGCCGGACUGGGAUACAGAGUCAGAAGCGAGAAUACGGAGGAGAAACUUGGACAGAUACCGAUGCGUCAGCUGGUCUACAGAGUUCAGCCUUUACCACCGAGUCUUACUCCUCUGGUGUGGGACUUUGGAAAUUUAAAUGAGCACACGCAAGAGCUCUAUAUCACACAGAUGGUCAAGACUUUCUUUCACAAGGAAAAGCUUUGUGUUGAACAUCAGGAUUUAUUUACGAAGGUCAUCUCUGCCUCUCAGAAGCAUAUGGCGGAGUUGACGGAUGAAUGCCGGAUGGUCAGUCUCAGAGAUAUAGAGCGGUGCUUGAAAACAGUCAUGUGGUUCUAUCAACAAAGGCAAAGAUUAUUCCAGGAAAUUGACAGUAAAAGAGAAAACAACAGAAGCAGUGACGAUCCACCAGUGGAACAAUUGGUUCGUUCUCUUAUUCUUGCAAUUGGAGUUUGCUACUUGGCUUCACUGGAGAAUCGAGAUGAAUACUUAGCACGAGUUUCAGAAGCGUUCUCUCUGCCCCGUGGUGACAUUUUAACAGAAAUUGAACUUUGUAAAGAAGCAUUCAUCUCAAAUGUUGACUGUCCAUCAACAGUGGCAAAGAAUAAUGCUCUGAAAGAAAAUGUAUUCAUGAUGGUUGUGUGCAUGAACUUAAGAAUCCCAUUGUUUUUGGUUGGAAAACCCGGAAGCUCAAAAUCUUUGUCCAAGACGAUUGCUGCUCAUGCAAUGCAAGGCAAGGCUUCUCCUAAAGAUCUGUUUAAGGGAUACAAGCAGGCACAGCUGGCCUCGUUCCAGUGCAGCCCGCAUUCAUCUCCUGAUGGGAUCAUCUCAAUAUUCAGGCAAUGUGCGCAGUUUCAGAGGAACAAACAUUUGGAUGAAUAUGUUGCUGUUGUGGUCCUUGAUGAAAUUGGAUUGGCAGAAGAUUCUCCAAAAAUGCCACUAAAAACAUUGCACCCCCUACUGGAAUAUGGAUGUAUCGAUGAUGAAAAUCCUGAGGCUUUCAAGAAAGUUGGAUUUAUUGGAAUUUCCAACUGGUCAUUGGACCCAGCAAAGAUGAACCGUGGUAUUUUGGUUCUGAGAACAUCUCCUCUGGAAGAGGAGCUGGAAAAAACAGCUCGUGACAUUUGUUCAAGUGAUAACGAACCAAUCAAUGAGGAGAUUGGGUAUUUGAUUCCCAAGCUUACUGAGUUUUACUUAAAACUGCUUAAAGAACAGAAAAGUGAAUUCUUUGGCCUCAGGGAUUUUUACAGUCUUGUGAAGUUGAUCAUGUCCUAUGCCUUGGAAGCAAAUGGCAGGCCAUCGGAUGAAGCUCUAACCAGAGCUGUGCAAAGGAAUUUUGAUGGGCUGGAUUCUUUAAAUGCUCUGGAAAUAUUUUGGGAGAUAUAUCAAGGUAAAACAAAGACAUGUGACACAGUCUCACUGCUCAGAGAAAACCUGCACAUAGGGACUUCAGGGUUUACUUCCAGGUACCUUCUACUGCCAACAAUCAAUCACGCUGCGAUUCAGAUUUUAAAAUCCCAGAACAUCAUUGAUAUAAGCAAUGUUGAAAUCAUCUUUGGAUCCGGUUUCCCUCAUGAUGAGGAAUACUCUCAGGUUUGCCGCACGGUAAACAGAAUAAAGACGUGCAUGGAGACGGGAAGGUCAGUUGUCUUGUUCAAUAUUCAGAGCCUCUAUGAAAGUCUCUACGAUGCUCUGAAUCAGUGCUAUGUGAAAUUGGGUGGAAAUUACUAUGUUGACCUGGGCCUGGGAUCUCACAGAGUUAAAUGUAGAGUCAAAGACGAAUUUCGACUGAUUGUCAUUGAAGAGAAGAGCACGGUAUACGAGCAGUUCCCUACACCGCUGCUAAAUCGACUAGAAAAACAUUGCUUGGAGAUGAAUAAUAUUCUCCCAGAACAUGCUCGACAGAUGCAGGCUGAAUUGGAGGAAUGGCUAAACAUGUUUGUGGCCCAGGAUUCAACCAAAAGCGAUCAGCUCCUCACCAACAAGAAGAAAUAUGACACUAUAGUUGGCUACACAGAAGAUACAUGUGCAUGUGUACUUUUACAGUGCUGUCCACAAUUAGUGUCCCAGGAAUUGGAUCAUGAUGAGAGAGAGGAAGUUCUUCAAACGGCCAAGGAAAUGCUUCUUCAGUGUGCAACUCCAGAUUCAGUUUUGCGAGCACCAAAAUACAUGGAAGAAAAGGCUAAGGAGUUCCUAGAGGUGUAUUUCUCAAAGCAGCCACAUGGCAGCCUCAUACAGGCUCUAAAACAAUACAGAGACCAUAAACCUGAUGGAUUCUGUCUCGAGGUAUCCACAUAUUCUCAACUGCUCAAUAAAAAAGAUGUGGAGAAAAUCACUAAGGAGCUGAAGAUUACAGAGAGGGAUUCCUGUCUCUUCCUGCUGAAUGAAUUUUACACAGAGCAGUCUUUUACUCAAGCAGUCAGUGAAUUUCUCAGCAACGAUACAGGAGCAUACAAACUCCUACUGCUGCAGUCUUACUUUAAUGAUGCGAAACAAAGCCAGCGACUUCUCUUCUGUGUGAGGCACAGCAUCGCACGGAUCAGGAGUUCCCUCUCAGGUAGAGCCGCCUUUGACAUUGUUCUUCUUACAAGACUGCCCCGGAUUUCAGGAGGCUGUGGAUAUACUGCGACGUUUGGAGAUGGCUGGAUUUCACUACACAUGGAUGAACUAAUUGUAACUCCGGGAUUUUCCGGGGACAUUUAUGAAUUGCAGCAUAAAACUGUGUCCGAAACAUUUAAAAAAAGUUUAUUCACUGCUACAGAAAAUCCUGACACUGAUGAUUCUAAAAUGGCCAUUUCCAAAAGACAGGAUGUCUUGGUUGACACACACUUGCUGAUGAAGAAGUCUUUACAGAAGGGCAUUUUGCAGCUGCGUGACAAAGCAGAUAACAUUAAGAGAGCAACAAAACGUGUAGAAAUUCUCCAUGGGCUGCUACGAAACAAAUACACCGUGUCUGAUGCUUUUAUAAAAUCACUGGAAAGAAGAAUAGUCAGCUUUCUGUUAGAGCAGGAGCAAACGGAAGAUAAAGAGAACUGGGUCGUUGCUCAGGCGCUUUCCAACCGGUUUGUAGCAGAAGGCACUUCAUUUAGACAUGUUCUGUGGGUUCAUCUGGAAGACAGCGUAGCCUCGGCCCUAGCCCACAUUCUGGCUGUCAUUGAUGGAGACAAUAACCUGGAUAAUCUGGUCAAUGAUCAACCAUCAGAAAAGACUGACUUUUGGCUGAAUGUAUUUCAGGGGGAUGAGUGGGAUCUGCUUCACAUUCCAGUCAAAACAUUUCAAGGUCCGGUAUCUGUUGUGUCAACGAGUGGAGACCAGACUAAGUCAAGGACAUGUCAAUUCCCAUUUAGCUGGGCUUUAAAAGACAGAUUUGAGCAGAUUUGGUCACGUGUCAUCAAUCUGAAUGGACCAUCUGCUAGGCCUUCAAAGGAGUAUUUGGAGAAAUUUGAGGAACUGAUUCCUCUUUCCUGGAUUAAAAACAUCACAAAAGGCCAUGAGAUGUUUUCCAUGUUUUCUGAAGAUCUUGUCAACAUCUCAAUGCCAUCCUAUCCACAUGAGCUAAAUAAGUCUUUUUCAGAAGCGCUCACUAGACUCACACCACGUCUCUAUUGCAAUCUAACGGGAAAUGAUCCUGACUGUGUUCCUCUGCCCUGGCUGUAUGUAGUUAAUAAAUACAUGCAUGAGAACCAUCAACUUUUCUACAGUUUAUUUUCCCAAAACAAGGAUGUUCUGACUGCAGGGGAAGCGACCGAGGCACUCAACCGGGUUCUCACGGGUCUUCAGCCAAAAGAACAUGAGCUGAAAGACUUUAACAGCUGCCAGGAGUGGCUAAAGAAAGUGAAGUCCCUGUCUGUGACUGUUGAUUUGAUCCUUUCAGAGGACUCCCUGGUGACAUGUCAUGCUGAAAAUGCAGAAACGCUAAUCACAAAAAUCAGACAUCUCUGGAAAAGUACUUGGAUCAUUUACCUUCUGAUGGACCACCUCUUACAAAAUGAGCAGGAAAUGGAGAAAAAGCUGCUCACAUUUCUCAUCAGAAAUCUGAUUUUUGCAUGGAAGAAACUAAACUCAGAAGAAGGGAGUGAGAUGGAGAGUGUGAUUGAACAUGUUAUUGGGACUCUGACUAAAUGCAACAUGAAAGUUUGUAAUGUGUUCAAAGUCGUGUGUAGCUACUGUGAUGAAGACUUCACGGAGAACAACACAGCUGAGGUUGAAUGUGGACACAUGUUUCACAUAUCUUGUUUAAAGGAGCACAACGACGAACAGUGUAGAACAUGCAAAAAGCCGAUCAGUCGAGAUUAUAAACCUUGUGGAGUCAUUGCCAAAGAAACUUUUCUCAAAGUGAACAGGUUCAGAAGAAAGUGCAAUUCAUUCUUUGUGGAGUUCAUGUGGAAGUUUAUCAGCAGCAAAGAGCAGCUGACUGACAACGUACUAAACAAACUCUUGGACUAUGUAAACUGUAAACCAUAUACAGAAGGUACAAGUGAGAAGUCCACAUUACAGCGGUACAUGAAACCGAACCCUGCUGUCCAGUCUCUCAUAAUUAAGAUCCUACUGAAAUGCGGAAUGAAGGAAACGGCACCUCAGCUUCAGAGGUUUGUUGAAGAGGCUGUGAAAUCAAAAGAGAGGAACACGGAUGAAAUCUACUUCAUGGUGGUGCGCAGCAUUGAGGACCACAUCCACUUUUCCAGUCAAGGCUGUCUCAUCAACAAGGCAAUCGAAUGUCUCGGUACCCGGGGUUUCAACGAGUCUAACCGGAACAUGAUUUCUGAGGAUCUACACACCAUCGCAAAAUUGCGGUUCGCCAUCACGGUUGCCUCUGAUGCCAUCAGGAGUGUACUGUCUAAAGAAGUCACUGUUGAUGCUGAAGAGUGCAGACAUCUCCUGCGAAACCUGCAGGAGUUUUUGUCAAACACAGACAGUCCAUGGCCAAAGAUAUUUUUGCUACGCAACGUCUGUGAGACGUAUGGAUUCAGCCUUGUCCAGCAGCUUGGACAGACUGAAGGGUUUCAGUGGAUUAUACCAAGUGAGGUGUUGAACGAACAGGACAUAUCUACACAAUCAGUGGAUCAUUUCCAGAUGUACAAGGAAAUGUACAACAAAAUUACUGUUGACUCUUUCAAAGCUCUAGAAGAUCCUUCACAUGAGAUUGCAGAGGAGUUUGCUGAAAGCACUCAGUGUUUCAGGGUGUGUAUGGCACUAGCUGCAGUAAGACAGGCCACACACAACACAACCUCAGCCAACAAUGCAGGCUCUCUGCUCUCCAAGAUGAGGAUAAAGUCAAACACAGACACCAGCUGGGAACAACUUGUUCAAAUCUGCGAGUCAGAGUUUGAGGAUUGCGGUGUGUCUCAGAUUGUUUUACACACUGCACUAGCAGCACAUGUUUCUACAGCACCGGAGAUCAAACUACUGAACGCUCUGUGCUUCAGUCCAGGAAAAUGCAAGGAUUUCUACAUUCCAACCAUGCCGAACUCAGUAAAUGAAAUACAGGACUGGGUUAAAAACUGGAAUCAGGAUGCAGUGAAUUCAAAUGGUCCAGUAGACAAUGUAAAAUUAUGGGCGUGUAAGUGUGGGGAACCUGUUUUAAUUGGCAAUUGUGGGAGACCAUGGAUAAAAUCAAAGUGUGCUAGCUGUGGCAGUGAAGUGGGUGGUGAGCAACACCGUGCUGUGACAGGUUUUAACGAGUUUAAUAAUGCACAGGGCAGAGGAAGAGGUCACAACCUUGGUGAUCCUAACAGUCGGAAGGAACAGGAUAGUGAGAGAAGUCUUUAUGGUGCCAAACUUCAAAUAGUGCGUGCUUUAAUACAUUCCUCCAUGAUCUGGGGUACAACUGAACACCCUGAGGAUGUUCAGAAUCUCAUCGAGAUGCCACAAGGAGCACAUGAUGUCAGGAAGCACCUCCUUCACCACCUUCAGAAGGACUUGGAAAUGCUUGGCAAAACUUUAGGAAAGAGUCAGCAAGAUGCUGAGAUGACUGUCCACUUGUUUCUAAAGUACAUCUUGGAAAGUUCCUCUGAGUCAAACCCUCAGCUUCAGUUAACAGACAGUGAGGAUAAAAGGACUGAGUGGGAGAACGCCGUUCAGCAAAGGCUUCAGGCUUUUUUUCAGAAUUAUGAGGCUCAGUUAGAGGAUGCACAGCGUUAUAUUCUGAAAAUGAGUGGCAUGGACACUUUGGCACAAAUCAUCUACAGUAAAACACCAGCAGUGGAGAACCUGCCCACCUCUGGAGUUUUCAACAUUCUGCUGAUGUGGAACUUUGAGCAAAGGAUGACCAUACAACGCUUUAGUCACUUAAUUGAACAGAAAGAUGAAGAAAUGAGAAGUGUUCCUGUUCUCUCACAACUCCUAAAAAAGCAUGCUGACAUUCGACACAUCCAAUAUCUCCCUCAAGUGCUAAGCCUUCAGCAGAAGCUGAUGUGUUAUUUUGAGAACCUGGAUCCACAAUGCUUCAAUAAUGUGCCCAUGAAUGCAUUCAGGAAGGACCAUGUAGCAGAUUAUGAGCAGCAGGCCUUUACUGAAAGUGCUGAAAUUAUGAAGAUGCUAUGGAAAUAUCUGAAGGCAAUUAGCUACAUUCAUGUACCAGAAGAGCUGAAGCAAAAAGACGAAAAUGACUUAACAAUUGUGGACCUUCUGCCAAUGGAACGCUCUGUUGCUCGGAUUAUAACAAAGUACCUCGUACAGAUGCAGAACAACUUGAUAGAAAUCACCAACCCUACAGACAGGAAAAUCUCUGCUAAUGAGCUCAAGCCUUCCCAUGUCAUCACUUGUGUUCCUGAUCAAGACUUUCUCACCAUUGCCAUUUCAAACAUCGACCAUGUGGUGCAGGAGGAUGGGAAACAUAUCACCAACUAUCACUUUAAAACUGUGGAGAGGCAGAUAAUAGAUCGAUACUUCACAGAGAAACCCAUGAUCCAAGACGAUACGCUUCCAUUAUUUAAAUAUGACUCAGGAACAACGAUGCGUGCGUUCUUCAGGAAAGUGCAGGACAAGCUGGAACCUUUGAACACCAAUGACAGGAACUGCAUCAUGAACGAGUUCCGGUUUUUGAAUGAGAUCUCCGCAGCACUUUCCACUCUACGGAUUGUGAUUGGAUUUCUGAAGCUCUCAUUUCCUGCACCAGAGCAGAAGCUCAUAACGUACCUAAUGAAAGACCUAAAACUGGAUGACCGAGUGCAGACACUGAACCUACAGGUGCUGAAAUCCAGCCAGGUAAAGCACAUUCAGUCACUGUGGGAAGCGCUAUCACUGAGACAGUCAUCUCUGUUAAUUGAGAUGAAUCAGAAUCCCUUUAUCAUGAUCGAGGAUCAGGAUUUCCAUGAGAUGUUCACCGAUCAGAUAAAUGAAAUUAAGACAAUUCUAACAAACAUCACUAACUUGGAUGUUCUCAUCACCGAGCUUCACUAUGUCAUCUUGAAUAUCGCUCUCAGAGAUGUCCGUCCAGACUGGAAAAUUAUAGAAGCAUUUGAAGCCUUCCUGGACAUUCAGGAGAUCAACGAGAAUGCCAUUGACUGUCUUCAGGAUCUUGAGCAGAUGGAGAUGAGACACAGCAUCUCAUUGUGGAAACUCGCAGUGCAGAUCAAGAAAGGGUUAAAAAACACAGCAUCUCUGUGAUGUGAACAUCUAAUAAUAUUCCAUAUAUAUUACUUGAGUAUUAGUAUAUGAAUAAUAUAUUAGUAAUAAUACAUGGUGUAAUUAACUCUCUUUAAUUGAUCAGAAUGUAUUAUCUUUUCCUGAAUGUGGAAUUGGCCGGCACAUUCAUAUGAUGUGUCAAAGGGUUUAAACUGCAACAGAACCUAAUCAGCAUGGCAUUCUAAACAUUCUAAAAAUGUUAUAAUGAUGGUAAUUGAUGUGAAGAAAACUAGGGUUAGGGGUAAAUGUUCUUUUCUUUAAGCUACUGAACUUGAGAUUAUUGAGAAAAUGUAGUCCAUUGGGUUAUUCAUGAUACUUUCAAAUUCUUGCUGUAUUCUUUUUGGGGUACUGUCCUUGCUAAUAGGCUAAUUUGUGUUCUGAUUGUUUCCUUGAUUAAGCUCCAUUUCUACGUAAAUAAAAAUUAUAAGCAUC